AUGAAGUCUGCACUUCGCACGGCCGUCUUCGGCCUUGUCACACACUUGGCCGCCGGCCAUGCCACCUUCCAGGACCUCUGGUGUGCUCGCUUGCCCUUGUCAAACACACCCGUCACCAAUGUCGCGUCCAACGAUAUCCGUUGUAACGCAGGCACAAAGCCCGUUGCCAACAAGUGCGCCGUCACGCCGGGCACGACGGUCACGGUCGAGAUGCACCAGCAGCCCAAUGACCGCUCCUGCAGCAGCGAGGCUAUUGGCGGCGCCCACUAUGGUCCGGUCUCCGUGUACAUGUCCAAAGUUCCAGACGCCAGCACGGCCGACGGCUCUUCCGACUGGUUCAAGGUUUUUGAGGACAGCUGGUCGGCGGCGGCUAGUGGUGGAAGCGGCGAUAACGACAACUGGGGCACCAAGGACCUCAAUACGUGCUGUGGCAAGAUGGACGUGCCCAUUCCGGCCAGUCUCGCCCCCGGAGACUACCUGCUGCGUGCCGAGGCUCUCGCGUUGCACACGGCCAGCUCGCCGAGCGGCGCCCAGUUCUACAUGACGUGCUAUCAGCUGCAGGUUGGCUCAGCGGGCUCCGGUGCGGCAUCUUCGGCCGCCAGCCGGAUGGCAGUGCGCGCUCUUGCGGCUGACUAUGAAACCGUCAAGUUCCCCGGCGCCUACAAGGCCACGGAUCCGGGCAUUCUCAUCAACAUCCAUCAAAAGCUGGCCUCGCCUUAUGUCGCGCCCGGUCCGACCGUCGUCCCUGACGGCACUACACGUGUCGCCGGCUCUGCAUGCACGGGUUGUGAGUCGACGUGUAAGGCCGCCUAG